UCCUUUCCCGUAAUCCUCCUCCCCUUCUCCUUGCCUUCCCUUGGAAGCCGCCCUCUCCUCCUGCUCCUUGAGCCUAAAACUUGGAUCUUUGUGGAUUGCUUUGCUCCUCCGAAAAGUGUUCUUGUGAACUCUGUUCUCCUUUUCGGGCGUCAAUCUUGCUGUGUAGAGAAACAAAAUCCAUUUUUUGCAAUCUGUCAAGGAUUUAUUUGUUAUUACUUGCUCAAAGUUUGGUUUUUGUUUCUUGUCGUUCUUCUGGUGGAGCAAAGGGAGGCUAUUUUUUCCUAUCUGCUUUCAAGCAUGGCCAUUUCUUUGAGGUAUGGUUCGUACUUUUAUGGCGAUUAUCAGGUUGGGACGGAAAGAAAGGAGAUAGGUGUUGGAUCUGUGGAGGUUUUAGGUGGGAAGAACGAGUUCAAGGGGAGACAGAUUGUGGUCAAGAAUCAGAGCAGUUCAGAUGGAUGGAACCCCAAAGGCCAUUCUCACUGCUCCAUUCAUGCGUCGAUUUGCCUUCCUCGAGCUAUGAAGUGGUGGGAGAAGAGCAUCAUACCUAACAUGACGGAGAUUACGUCCUCAGAUCAUCUCGUCGAAUCGCUGGCAACUGCUGGGGAUAAGCUCGUCAUCGUGGAUUUCUACUCUCCUGGGUGUGGAGGCUGCAGAGCCCUGCAUCCAAAGAUAUGUCAGCUGGCUGAAUCAUACCCCGACGCAAUCUUUCUGAAAGUGAACUACGAAGACCACAAAUCCAUGUGCCACAGCCUUCGCAUUCAUGUGCUGCCGUUCUUUCGGCUCUACAGAGGCGCACAAGGUCGUGUCUGCAGCUUCAGCUGCACCAAUGCAACCGUCAAGAAGCUCAAAGACGCAAUGACAAAGCAUGGGACCGAGCGAUGCAGUCUUGGACCAGCGAAGGGCUUGGAAGAGGAAGAGCUUCUCGUGUUGGCUUCGAACAGGGGAGCUCGGUUUAAUCGUCCACCUGCACUCUCAAGCAUAUGACUCUUCGGUAGCUAAUAGAACAGACCUCGAUUCCUGUUCGGCAUGUGUCCAAUAAAGCUGUGCAACAGAGGGCCUUCAAGAUUCUUCUUCAGUGCCCUGCUUGAUUCAUAAGCAUUCACCGGAUUAGGAUCGGUAAUUAUGAAUCGUGAACUAUCGUGCAUCUGAUUCGAGUUGUAAUUCCUCGUAGGAUUUUCUACGAGCACUUGGUAUGUAUGGCUUCACUGCCAAACUUAACAGUGAUUACCUUACCACAUUAACUAUA